UCGCGUUUGUUUGUUUUUUUUUUUUUUGUUUUCGCGGUGCGAUAUUUGAAAGGAAACGGCGUGCGCCAACCGAAGCUGUGCGCGCGCGCGCGCGUGUGUGUGUUUGUUAGAGAGAAGGAGAGACUGGUAAUACGAGUUGGCAUUGUGUGCGUGUUCCCUCGGUGAACAACGCCCAUCCGCCCACAAUAGGGAUAAGGUAUCGGUGGGCAUCGGGGGACGGAGGAAGGCUUUCACGUAUUUGUUCAUUUUUAUUCCGCGUUGAAUCUUACUGGAUGUUUAAGUUUGUGCCGCACGCACUGUCCCCCGGAGGGACGUUGAUCUGACUCAGCACACCACGUGCAGGUCUCGGGCGAGUCUCGUGCUCCACACGUGUGGCCUGCACGCUCACAAAGCGCGGUAAACUCUCGGACGCCUGACCCCCGCAAGGGCGCGAGGCUGGGCGUCGUGCGCAUUGUUCUCUCUCGUCCGGGCUGCCGAGGGCUGCCAGCAGCCUCACGCCUUGCUGCAUCACCUCGCCGCGGCGGCCGUCGUGUCGUGGACUUCCCUCCCGCCGUGACCCCACCUCCGCUCGCCUGCCCCACUAAGGGCGUUGGCGUCGCACUCCCCCGCCUUUUGUUCCGAGAUACAUUCGUCCGAAAAAAAAAACGUCGUGCGAUGUCAAACUCUGAGGGUUUUUCUUAUUUGUUUUAAACUGUUAUGCCCAAGCAGCAUUAAGUAUUAAGGAGGAGACCCCUCUCCUCCUCACCUCUCACCCGUGCGCCCGCCGAGUCGAGGAUAGGCAAACCCGCAACACGGCGGCGCGUGCUCUGAAUCACCCGGUACUCAAAGCUGUGGUGGUGGUGGCGUCGAACCUAGGGAACUGACAACACCGAUGACGCCACACGAGAAAGCAAAUGCUGUCUAUACGAUAUCAAAACGACAUCGGUUCUCGAUAUCGUCCCCCGGCUGCGCUCCACCUCCCCGCUGCGUGCGUCCGAGUGUAGCAGGGCGCUCUAGCCGAUCUUGCUCAUCCCCAUCUAUAAAUGGUCGUCCUGGCGACCUAGACUCCAGUUGAACGCGCGGUGCCGGCCGGACUGCAGUACCUGCUGGACACGACUGGACACCAGCACGAUACUAGCAUGCAGGCGCUGGGGCGGCGCGGCGUCGUCUUGCUGCUCUUCGCGGCGGGCGUGCUCAUCGACGGUGACCUGGCCGAGCUGGCCGACGGCGACUACCUCCCCCCGGGCCACGGCGGCGGCGGGGGCCCGGCCACCGACUACACGGCACCAGGGCUCGGCGUGGGGCUGAGGGGCGGGCCGCCCGGAGGCGGCGGGGGCACUCCACUGCGGAACCACAUCCCGCCCAGCGGCGUCCCGGAGGACGAGGAUUCCAGGAUGAGCUCGAGACCGUCCCCGUCGUACGGCGCGCCAGCCCGGGGAAGCGGGAUCCAACCGUCGCCGUCGCCGUCUUCUCCUCCCGGCGGGUACCACCCUCCAGGCCCUGCUGGGCCCGGGGCAGCAACUCGCGGACGGGCCCGGCCCGGCAUGGACCCCAACGCCGUGGCACCGGUUCGCGGUCGGGAAAGGUCGGGGGGAGGAAGUCCCUCCUCAAGCUACGGUGCACCCUCGAAGGGGCAUCCAUCCCCAAGCUACGAGACGCCUUCUAGAAACAGUCCUUCCCCAAGCUACGGCGCACCAUCGGGGGGAAGUCCCUCCUCAAGCUAUGGUGCACCAGCAGGGGGAAGU